AAUAGCACACGUGCUUCUUUAAAUGUGGCGUGUUUGAAUGCAACUCCCAGAAACAUUUCAAAACCGUACUGCACAAAUUCUGCCCUCAUAGUUAGAGCAAUGUUUGUAAUAUUAAUCUGUAAUAUAAAUGAAUAAAACAGAAGAGGAGGUGAGUUUCUCUUACAAAUGUAUUUGUAAAUCAAACAAUCCCACGUUGAUUGCAGCCCCUUGUUAGGGAAACCACCGGGAAUUUAAACGGAUUAAUAUUUCCUGUUCCUGAUGAAGUCUUAUUUCCGGCAGUAAAAUCGGUAGAUAACAUGUUAUGAUUAAAUCUGACAAAUAUUGUUCUUUUGCUAUUUGUUCUAUUAAAAAAUGAAUUAUUGCACAUCUGUAUAAGAGGUAUAACAUAUUUAUUUUCCUUAAAAAUCUGAAGAUUUGGCUAAAAUGUUAUUAUGCAUGGUAUUAGUUGGACGAGGACAGUAUGUAAUGAGGGGUGUGAUUGCUGAAUGAUGUCACUGAGGGUGGUCAUGGAAAAGCUCAGGUAAGCCCACCGUGUCUCUCCUCAUACCUGAAACCCUCAGAGAAGACCAGCUAUGGAACCUGCCAAGCCUCAUCCACGGUACUCCGACAUGUACUCUGAAGUCAUCGUCAGCUCGAGUGCAGGUAAGAAUGAUUUAUUAGAGUGUUUGAAUGCGAUUUUUAAACAUGUGCUUUCAAACUUUCUCCGAAGGCUUAAACUCGAACUCAAAUCCACCUCUGGUUCUAGACUGACUUCGACCCACAUUGGUUUCUCUUAGUAUGUAUGAAUAAACUCCAUAAUACCACUGUACACUGACUGAUAAAUAAAUGUGAUGAAAGAUUUCCCUUUAUAUGAGCGAUCUUACUGUUUUUGUUAUACACAGUUUAUAUUUACAUGAAUAACAUGAAUAUAUGAUGUGAUGUGUUUAUUUUAUAUUUAUUUAUCUUUUCAGCCAGUUUAAUAUUACUGAGGUUGCUGCAGUUAUUGCUUUUAUACUCCGUUAGAAACAACAAUCAGAAAAAUACUUAAUACUGAAAUUAGAUUAAGUCCAGUAUUGCCUGUCCCUCUACCUCCCAUACUGACAUUGUGAGAAGAAACCAUUCUGUCCAAGUCCUGCGAUUUGACAAAUUAUUCACUUUUUUUAGCUUUUGUUCACUUAAUCUUGUCUCAAUCCUUCGGCCUCUGGUAUCUCUCUCUCUCACGAUAUUGAGUUUAAGCAGCAAAGCCUCCAGCCUCUUGGGUUCCUGUCCUUUUGUUAGGAAACGUUAAUGCUCUUAAACCCUUUCCCCUUCUGAGAACUGCUAUUUGUGAGAUGCGUUUUUGCAAACCAAAUUCCCCCAAAGUGCGUAUGGCACUUUAAUAAAUCUCUUUCCAUCUUGUAACCUGAGAGAAAUGUGUACACAUAUAUGACAUCUUUUUUUUCUUUCAGUAACAUCUGUGACACAAAAGUUCAACUUUCCAGAUUUUUCCUCUUCACUUUGUUCGAUGCAGAUGUUCAGAGUCCUCAGAAGAAGGAGUCCUCGGGGCCUGAAAGCAGUGGGGAUGUGACGGGUCGAGUUAGACUACACCCAUCUCCAUCUCGCAGGAGACAUCGAACCACCUUCAGCCAUGAACAGCUGGAGCAGCUGGAGUUAGCCUUCAGACACAACCACUACCCUGACAUCUACUGCCGAGAAGAGCUGGCUCAGCAAACUAAACUCAAUGAGGCCCGCAUCCAGGUUUGGUUCCAGAACCGCCGUGCCAAGCAAAGGAAACAAGAGAGGGCCACUCAGAAAUCCCUGCAAGGAGGUAUGAUGCCAGAACAUGGGGUUCUCCCAAACUGUGCACGUGGUGGUAUGACAAGACAGUACCAGUGCUCUCACUCGCUACCACACAUACCCAAAUUUUCCUCAGUGCUGCCCUCUGCUGAUUUCUCCCACCACACUGCAGCCAGCACUCAGCUGGCCUGCCCUUCAGCUCCUACUGCAGCCCAGCCUGCCAGGCAGCAUGAGGACUGGUACUGCCAGCUCAGGCACAUCGGAGCACCGGCCGCCAGCCUGCCCCAUGCCUCAGUGUUUUCCCUGACCUCUGUGCCAGCGCUGGAACCAGUCGUCCACUGGAACUAGUAUAGGCCGAAAGACCGAGGUCUAAAACCUCACACUUUUUGUUAGUUUUUAGCUUAUUUGGUUUAUAUUCCCUGAUAUUACUGCAGUUCCCUUUAGAUUGAUGACUUGUUUAACAGUAAUGCUUGUGUGUUUCUGUGUGAUUUGGUACACAAAGUUGUUCAUGUCUGUACAUUUCCUCUCCUUUAAUAUGAAAUCAGAAAAAAAUUAGAAGAAAAUAUUUUCACACAUUUUAUUACAGUUCCAAAACAGAGGUUGUCUUGAAGUUAUUAAUAUACUUUUCUAAAACAAAAAUAGUUCAUUCACACUUCCUUCCCAAACCCACAUCUCAUUUACAUUCUGACUAGUCUGGUUUAACUAGAUUUAUGUUUAGAUUUGUAGAUAAUCCUCUUACCACCUGAAUAUGGGUUCUUACACAAUGCUACAUUUCAAA